UGCUGACGUGUGCGCCCUUGAAGCCGGGCGGUCGUACGGGGGUGAGGUGUUGGACUUGUGUGCGGUGAUUAUCCCGGGACUCCAUCGUCUUCUUUUUUCUCCUCUUCCACUACAAGUUCUUAGGAAAACAUGGCUGGAUACCUCCGAGCAGUCACCUCCGUGUGCCGAUCCUCCGCGGCGGCCUUCGGGAAGAACCCAGGAGCCCUGAGCCCGGCCCUGUGCCAGCAACAGAGGAACUAUGCCGACAAACGUAUCAAGGUGGCAAACCCGGUGGUGGAAAUGGAUGGGGAUGAGAUGACCCGUAUCAUCUGGGAGUUUAUCAAGGAGAAGUUGAUUUUGUCCAAUGUUGAUGUUGAACUGAAGUACUAUGAUCUUGGGCUUCCAUACCGUGACCAAACAAAUGACCAGGUCACCAUUGACUCUGCUCUGGCCACCCUGAAGUACAACGUUGCUGUGAAGUGCGCCACAAUCACUCCUGACGAGGCUCGAGUGGAAGAAUUUAAGCUGAAGAAGAUGUGGAAGAGCCCCAAUGGAACAAUCAGAAAUAUCCUGGGUGGAACAGUCUUCCGUGAGCCAAUCAUAUGCAAGAACAUUCCACGCUUGGUUCCUGGGUGGACACAGGCCAUGACCAUUGGCAGACAUGCAUUUGGUGACCAGUACAAAGCUACAGACUUUGUUGUAGACAAAGCUGGAACAUUCAAGAUGGUGUUCAGCCCAGCUGAUGGUAGCGCUGCUAAAGAAUGGGAAGUGUUCAAAUUCCCUGCAGGAGGUGUUGGCAUGGGAAUGUACAACACAGAUGAGUCCAUUUCUGGCUUUGCACAUAGCUGCUUCCAGUAUGCUAUUCAAAAGAAAUGGCCUCUGUACAUGAGUACAAAGAACACCAUCUUGAAGGCUUAUGAUGGCAGGUUCAAGGACAUCUUCCAGGAAAUCUUUGAGAAGCACUACAAGCCAGACUUCGAUAGGGUGAAGAUCUGGUAUGAACACAGGCUCAUUGAUGACAUGGUAGCACAGGUUCUCAAGUCCUCUGGUGGCUUUGUGUGGGCGUGUAAGAACUACGAUGGGGAUGUCCAGUCUGAUAUUCUUGCUCAAGGAUUUGGUUCCCUUGGAUUAAUGACGUCUGUCCUAGUUUGCCCUGAUGGAAAAACUAUUGAAGCUGAGGCAGCCCAUGGAACAGUAACUCGCCAUUACAGGGAACAUCAGAAGGGUCGUCCCACAAGCACAAAUCCAAUUGCCAGCAUCUUUGCAUGGACACGAGGCCUGGAGCACAGAGGAAAACUUGAUAACAACCAGGACCUUAUUGACUUCUCUUUGAAAUUGGAGAAGGUUUGUGUGGAGACGGUUGAGAGUGGUGCAAUGACAAAGGAUUUGGCUGGAUGCAUCCAUGGAGGUUUCAGCAACGUCCGAUUGAAUGAACAUUAUAUAAAUACAACAGACUUCUUGGACGCCAUUAAGAACAACCUUGACAAAGCCCUGGGGAAGAAAUGAAUUGCGCACUAGUUCAACUGCCAGACAGUUCUUACCUCAUUUUUAACCAUUCAAUAUAGGAAGCCGCUUUUGUGUGGCUGGAACAAACUUUUUUAACCCUUCUAAUGCUGGUUUUACACUUGAACAUCAUGCACAACUGCAGAGUGGAGGCAGAACAGUUGUCACUUGUAGAAUGCUGGACUUUACUGCACCUUAUGUUUUCAUCGUACCCCGAUGGUGCUAUUUGUAGGAAAUAAACCUCCACAAAGUUCUCCUUGUAA